AUGACCGUCCGUGUUGUUUUGGACACUAACUAUGCUGAGCUGGUUCUAGAUGUGGGAAAAGUCACUUUCGGGGAGAAGAAUAGAAAAAAAAUGAAAGAUUGUCAAUUGAGAAAAAAGCAGAAUGAAAACGUCUCACAAUCUGUGGUUGCUUUGCUGAAUUCUGGAGGGGGCGUGUGCAGGGCUGAAAUUGAGAAUGAAAACUAUAGUUAUGAAAAAGAUGGAAUAGGAUUAGAUUUGGAAAAUUCUUUUUCCAAUAUUGUUUCGUUUGUUUCUAAAUACUUAGACUUUAUGCAGCAAGGUAAAUGUUUUCUGAUUUUUGUCAAAUCGUGGAGCUCAGAAACCUCUGGGUUGAGGAUUGCCACCUUGAGCUCCAAUUUGUACAAAAGAGAUAUAACCUCUGUAAAAGUCAUGAAUGCUACCGCUGCACUGGAAUUCCUCAAAGACAGGCUAGAAACUGGAGAGGGAUUUUCUUUAAUACCUAAAUCAUCUCCAAAGAGGUACCGUUUUGAUGUACAAGAAGAAAGUAGCAUGAAGGCCUUGGCUGCUGACUUUUUUAAUAGGAUGCAACUCAGGUACAGAGAAAAACUCACCUUUACUGAAUCCACACAUGUUGAAAUGAAAGACUACUCAACAGAAAAGUUGUUACAACGCAUUAAAGAUAUUCUCCCUCAAUAUGUUUCUGCAUUUUCAAAUACUCGUGGGGGAUAUUUAUUUAUUGGUUUAAGUGAAAAAAAUCAAGAAGUAACUGGCUUUAAAGCAGAGAAGAGUGACCUUGACAAGAUAGAAAAAGAAAUAGAACAAUGCAUUAGCAAGUUUCCUGUCUAUCACUUCUGUAUAGAGAAGAAGAAGAUAAAUUAUUCAUGCAAAUUCCUUGAAGUAUAUGAUGAAGGAAGUCUUUGUGGAUAUGUCUGUGCGCUCAAAAUAGAGCUAUUCUGUUGUGCAGUAUUUGCCAAAAAGCCAAAUUCCUGGCAUGUGAAAGAUAAUCAAGUGAUGCAGCUGACCGUGGAGGAAUGGUGCCAAUUAAUGCUGGAUCCUGAACCAAGUGAGGAAGGGGGAUUAGAAAUAAGGGUAUAUUUGGCUGGGAUGGCAAAGCUUUUUUUUUCUCUUGGAUUUGGAAAAGCACAUUACCUCCUCUCUGUAGCACUGCCUGAUUUUUCCAGGUCAUUUGAAGAGAUGAACCUUCAACAAAGUAUGUUAUCACCUAUACCCCUUGAUUGGUCUCUGUAUAAAUAUAAGAAUUUGGAAAGUCAGGAGCAGAGAUAUCACCUUACAGUGCCAUCAGAAAAGGUGACAUAUGUUCCAGAAAUCCUCUAUGAGAAACUGUUCUCACAACCCAAAGGACUUGCACAGUUAAUACAUAAUGAAAUAGGCUCCAUUCGUCAAGGUACAUUGAUCUUUUCUAAGAGCUGGUCUUUGGAUCUGGGCUUGCAAGAGAACCAGAAAGUCAUCUGUGAUGCACUUCUAAUUGCCCAGGACCGUCCACCAGUCUUAUACACCUUCCUCAGGGAACUGAAUAAGGAAUUAAAAGGUUAUUCUAUACAAACUGCCUUAACUUUAAAGAAGAAACUGGUAAAAAUUGGUGGUUACAGUGGGAAAGUGUGUGUCAUGACAAAGAUCUAUUGGAGUGAAGAAUCUUCUACAUUGACUGAAGGCAAUAUAAGUCUUCUUCAUGACUCAAGCUUAUCUGCAAUUUACCCUAAGUCCUACACUCUUAUAACCACUCAAACAAUGAGUGACUUGAAGAAGGCCCUUUUUAUGGUCUUGAAGAGGCUCGGAACUUUGAAUGACCAAUUUGACUCUGAGAUUUCUCAACACCUCUCAGAUAAUCAGUAUGGAUUACUUUCAGAGGAAUGAAAAAAAGGAUGUUUAAAUAUUGUCUAAGUCUCACCUGAACCAUGGAAAGUAGACCAGGCUACAAAGAUGUUUUUCAUUAUAUAGUCAAUGGUGUUCUCAAAUUCUGGAAAAUAUGCCUCUGAAAAGCUUUGCAAGGAAGACAACAUGAUGGGACCUUGGAAAAUCAAAUUUAGUCUUCAUUUAUUUCUUCCUAAAUGGUCUUCAUAGGUGUUGCUUAAGAGUUAUUAAGAAAAUAAAUUUGUUAAUUAUGCUGUGCACAGUUUGUUAUUUACUCCAUGCAUAGUUUAUGGAUAAAUUGCCUUCCACUUUUAAGUUGGGAAAAAUGGCAAUACUUUUAUUUUUAAUAACAACAACGGAAAUUCCCAGGAUAUACCCAGAAAACCUUUAUAACUUAGAAAAGAUUAUGAUUGAUGACAUUCAGAGUAUUUAUAAUGGAAAUGAAGAAGAAGGCAAAAUUUUUUACCCAUCCUGCAAAAUUCUCUGCAUUUUCUUGGAUGACUUUUACACUAUUCACUUGGAGGAGUUAGGGCUUGUUGAAUUGCUCAGCUGGUACCCUUAAGAACUCAGCAGAAUCGUCAUUUUAACAUUCGGAAUUGAAGGUGAUACAGAGUUUUCCAGACAGGCAAAAGAUAAAGGAGUUCAUCACCACUAGACUGGUGGUACAAGAAAUGUGAAAGGGUCUUGUUUAAGCUGAAAUGAAAGGGUGCUAAUUAGUACAGAUGGUCUCUGUCUUAAGAUGGUUCGACUUAGGGUUUUUUGGCUUUAUGAUGGUGCAAAAGCGAUUCGCAUUCAGUAGAAACCAUACUUCAAAUUUUGAAUUUUGAUCUUUUCCUGAGCUAGUCACAUGCGAUAUGAUAUUCUCUUAUGAUGCUGGGCAGUGGCAGUGAGCCACAACUCCCCGUCAGCCAUGCGAUCAUGAGGGUUAAACAACCGAUACUCUAUAGUAUAUUGUGUUGCUUCCUGCUUCUGAUGAGAAGAACAGGAAGGCAAUUACUCUUGAGUUGAAACUCAAGAUAAUUGCCCUGCAUGAAAGUAGAAAGCCAGUAAUGGCCAUCACAUGUGAGUUAGGACUUUUGCAAUCGAUGAUCUCGACCAUCUUAAAGGAUAAGUGAAUCAGUGAUGCAAUGAAAUUGCCAGCAUCAGUUACAUCCACUGUCUUCAUGAAGAAAUUAGCUGGGCUAAUUGAUGAUAUGAAAAAAUUUAUCGACACUAGAGUGGAAUACCAGAUACAGAAGUGCAUACCACUUAGCCUACUGAGGAUCUAGGCUAAGGCAAUAAGUUUUUUCCAUACACUGAAAGAGCAUGCUGGGACUUCCCUGGUGGCGCAGUGGUUAAGACUCCGUGCUUCCAAUGCAGGGGCCCCCCAUUUGAUCCCUGGUCAGGGAACUAGAUCCCACAUGCAUGUUGCAACUAAGAGUUCGCAUGCCACAACUAAGGAGCCAGUGAGCUGCAACUAAGGAGCCUGAACCACAACUAAGGAGCCUGCCUGCCACUACUAAGACCCAGCACAACCAAAUAAAAAUAAACAAAUAAAUAUUUUUUAAAACUUGUAAAAACUAUAAAAGAGCAUGCUGAUGAUCUUACAUAUACGCAAAUGUUUAUAGCGAGGUGUGGGUUAUUCCAACGUUUCAAAAGGCAUCGUAAUUUUCAUAACAUGAACGUCAGUGGUGAGGCAUCAGGUUGCUGAUACUAAAGGUACCACAGCGUUUAAGGAAGAACUGCAUAGGAUAAUUGUGGAUGAGAAAUAUUUGCCAGAACACGUAUGUAAGGUCAAUGAAAGUAGUUUGUUCUGAAAGCGUAUGCCAGAGCAUACAUACAUUCAUCAGAAGUCCGAGACAAUGCCAGGAUUCAAGGCAUUCAAAGACUAUAUAAUGCCACUUUGGGGUAGAAAUGUUGCAAGGUUCAAAUUAGAGCUUUUCUUAAUCUACCACUUGGAGAACCCUAGAGCAUUCAGGAAUAUGAGAAAGCAUAUACUUCCCAUUUAUUGUUGCCAUAACAGGAAAGCCUGGAUGACAUUAGCAUUGUUUGAAAACAGGUUUUUGAACAGUUUUAUUGUGCACGCAAGAGAAUGUUGUAGGCAAAACAUUCAAUUCAAGAUUCUUCUGAUCUUAGACAAUGCUCCAAGGCAUCCACGUCAUAUCAGUGACAUGAUGUAAAGGUUGUGUAUUUGCUGCUGAUCACAACGGUACUCAUAUAGUCAAUGGACCAAGGUGCAAUAGCUACAUUCAGAGCACCCUAUUUAUGCCAAAUGUUUGCAUACGCUUUUGAACUGGCUGAAUCUGGCCAAAUGCUCUGAGAGAUCUGGAAAAGUUUUCACAUUCUAAAUGCUAUCCAGAGCAUUGCUGUAGCAUGGAAAGAAGUCACACAGCAAUGCGUGAAGACAUAUGUGAACACAUUCAAAAGAUUCCGCUGUUGAUGAAAUAGUAAGUAACAAGAUACUAGUGCUUGAGAAACAGCUAGAGUUGGACGUUGAUGAAGAGGAUAUUCAUGAGCUUGUUGGCGUCAAGGCUGAAGAGCUUUCCAAUGAGGAGCUGAUCAAACUGGAGGAAAAAAAGUUUAAAAGUUGGGGGACUUCCCUGGUAGUCCAGUGGUUAAGACUUCACCUUCCAAAGUAGGGCGUGUGGGCUCGAUCCCUGGUUGGGGAGUUAAGAUCCCACAUGCCUCGCAGCCAAAAAAACCAAAACAUAAAACAGAAGCAAUAUUGCAACAAAUUCAAUAAAGACUUAAAAAAAAAAAGUAAAGAAGUUGAGGCAGAGGAAGAAGAAGUUAUACCCAAGGCACCAAGAAAGUUCAUAGCAAAGAAACUGGCAGAAACAUUUACUACUAUGAGCAGGGGCGUAUGGAUAUUAGAAGAGAUGGACAUCAAUUACAAGAGGUUCUCAAGAGCUAACAGGCAGAUACAGGAUACUCUUAUUUGCUGUAGAGAAAUAUGUAAUGAAAAGAAGAAACAAACUGUACAGUCAAAACUUGAAAGCUUCCUGAAUAACACUAUGCCUGCUAAACCAUUAGCAAGUAUAGAUGCCCCAAUGCCUUCUACCAGCUAUUCUCAAGCCUCAUCAGGAGAGAAAUUGAUGACCCUGUCUCUGUAGCCUCCAUAUCAUCCAGCAAUUCAUUUUAGUUCAAUGCUUCAAACAUUCUUCAGGCCUACUGUGCUUUCAGCUCUGUACCUUAAUGUUACCGGACCAAAGAUGGAACCCGUGACCUCUGCAGUGGAAGCGCAGAGUCUUAACCACUGGACCACCAGGGAAGUCCCAGACGUCUGUUUUUCAAAACCUACAAAGACCAGGGGAAAACACGAGUGCCAUCCCCCACUACCACAAAUUAUGCAGUCGAGUUUCCCACAUUUGGGGAAAUCGCAGGGGUCAGCACAUCCAGAGUGCAAUAGAUAAGCCUUACCCUGGGAAAACCACCUUCGUGAUCAUGCUAUCUCCCCUGCCAGGUAAGUAUGUGAUUCACAAUUUUUAAAGGUUAUACUUCAUUUAUAGUUAUUCUAAAAUAUUGGCUAUAUUCCUGCGUUGUACAGUAUAU